AUGGAAGUUUGCAGUGUUUAUAUAACCCUAAAAAGAAAAUCGAGAAAUCUAGCUACAUCUAGCAGCUCAGAAGAAUCGUCACCUGAAGGAAAAAAGUUGAGACAUUCGUACUCUCCUGACUCGAAGAACUCAGGUGACGAAGACCAAGUAAUGGCGGCUCUGAAUCUCACAGAAGGUGUUACAAAGAAACUGGACCUAAUUUUAGAAAGGCUCAGCAAACUAGACUCGAAGAUGGAGGAAUUGAACAAAACUGUCAAAGGUUUACAAGGCAAAGUUUCCUCUCUCGAAAUAGAUGUUGUUUCAAUUAAAGAUAAGCAGAAGAGUCUGGAUCAAAAAUUCACAAAUGUAGAGAGCAAUUCCAAUUUGUAG